GUAGCGUUCGCUCUCCUCCGCUCAUCGAGCGUGGUGUUCCUCCCCAUCUCUCCACUCUUGUUAAACCUUCGAUAAGUUAAGGUAGCGAGCUUGUUCUGCUAGACCCCCGCCAGUUGUAGCGUGACUGACGAUAGACUCUGGGUCUGUGAGCGCGUCAAUGUCUCAUCUGAUGGCUCUCUAUUGAUAACCACAGUCCAACCAAUUACAUACAGCAUCCUCUGACCCUUGGACUACCAGCAUCUCGUCGCAUCGCCUGCAUGGGAUCUGUUUGGCAAUAACCUGCCCGGCAGUUCCAUCUACAUCUCGCCGUGUCGUACCUUAACUCAAAACUCAUCUGUUUGUGUUCUUUACGUAUGUGAUAAUUGUUGAACACUGGAUUGCAUCCAACUUGGCCGAUCAAUGGACUCGUCCGUUUACCCAUGUGCCCACAGUCGUAUUGAAGCAUGCUCGCUUUGACGAUCCUAAGCUUAUGGGACUUCUGUACUGUACUACCAGUUUCACCUCAGAAAUCAAUUAAAUAUCAUUUCAUUGUUUCUCUAGGUUCAGCAAUGACAAGAGGCUAGUGUCCAUCGACGUCCAUCAACAGAUCUGGAGUGGACUAGGACCAGUGUUUAUUAUGGAGAACGUCUGAGUCUACGAUCCGUUCUCUUCUACUGAUAUGGGAGAACUAGAAAGAAAUACUACGGAUAAAAAGUGGGAAAAUUUACUUGUGCGGACUGCUACUACAUUGUGUGUGUUUCUCCUUCUAUGUGGCGUCAGCGACUUCGUGUUAGCCAUCGAGGUCCAGCGUUCUGUGGGUGAUUAACAUGACCCAUCGGCACAGGAGAAGACUUACCACGUAUUUUCUAUUGGGGUUGUCACUGCUACAGUGUGUUCGUUGUCUACCACAAGAAAUCAAAAUAGGAGGUUUGUUCGGUGUUGGAGACGAGGAUAUAUCAGUGGAGAACGCCUUCUUGUAUGCUGUGUAUAGGGUUAAUCAUGAAGACAACCUAUUGCCAAAAGGAACAAAACUAUUACUCAACAUAACGCGCUUACCAAUCGACGAUGGGUUCAGAGCUUCCAAAAGAGUAUGUCAUCUGGUAGAGUGGAAUACAGUAGCAACAUUCGGACCCAAGGACCCCACCUUGGCUGGCUUCGUCAACUCCUUAUGUACGUCUGUCCAGAUUCCCCAUGUAGAGCUAAGACUGGACACCGCCGCUGACCAUCUCUCGGACAAGACCAUCAACAUCUAUCCAAAUGUUGAACAGCUCAGUAAAGCCUUUACCGACCUCAUCCGAUACUACGGGUGGAAACAGAUGCUGGUCAUCUAUGGAAACACCGAGGAUCUGAUGAAGGUUCAGAGCGUUAUUCGUGGCAAUUUUGAGACAACAUUUGAUAUAAUGGUCCGCCAGGUUGACUAUAGGAACAUGAGAGACGUUCUGAAGGAAGCCAAGGAGAAAAAAUGGACAAAUAUGCUUGUAGAUCUUAACCUUAACUAUACCAGUCUCUUAAUGAAAAUGGCCUUACAAGAAGGUAUGAUAGAUCCCUACCAUCAUUAUAUUCUUACAAAUUUGGACAUUGAGUCUAUAGAUAUGGAAAACUACCGCUACAACUACGUCAAUCUAACCGGCUUCCGCAUAGUAGACCCCAACACCGAUUACGUCAGGGAUGUCAUGAAAGCUAUGGAAGUCUAUGAAAUUCAAACAAGUAAAGUCAUGCUCAACAAAAGUGGAUACUUAUCCCUACCACACGAAGCCGCCUUGAUAUUCGACGCUGUGCAUUUACUCGCGAAAGCCUUACAUGAACUCGACAAGAAAUCCAUCCUGCGCCCGGUCAACACAAGCUGUGACUACCCCCUGCCCUGGCCUUCUGGCCCAAACCUAUACUCAUAUCUAAAACAGGUCACAAUAAGAGGUCUCACUGGAGAAGUCCGGUUGGAUAGGGGUCGACGAUUUGUAUUCAAAUUAGAUUUGUUACAGCUUAAACCCAAAGGUUUAGAGAAAGUGGGAGAGUGGAGUGUUGAUAGAGGACUCAACUUUACUAACCUACAAGGUUAUGCAGAUGGGAACCCAUUUGGUAACAAAACUCUCAUAGUCACAACAAUAAUGGAAAAGCCUUAUAUGAUGAAGAAGGAACGUAGAGUCGAUGAUGGACAGGAAUACGAAGGGUUCUGUAUAGAUCUGUUGGAGGAACUUUCCAAGAUUGUGGGCUUCCGCUACAAGAUUGUGUUGGUUGCUGACGGAAACUAUGGUGCUCCUAAUGAGAAAAAGAAGUGGAACGGCAUGGUCGGUGAACUUAUAGCCAGGAGAGCUGAUUUAGCCGUUGCGCCCUUGACUAUCAACUAUGUGAGGGAACAAGUCAUCGACUUCACAAAACCUUUCCUUAAUUUAGGAAUUACAAUAUUGUUCAAAGUGCCAAAACGGGAAAAACCGGGACUCUUCUCGUUCUUAAACCCUCUUGCUAUAGAAAUCUGGCUCUAUGUUAUUGGAGCUUACUUUAUUGUCAGUUUCACGAUAUUCAUUCUCGCCCGAUUUAGUCCGUAUGAGUGGUACAAUGCACACCCGUGCAAUCCAGACACAGACACCGUGCAGAAUACAUUCACAUUGUCAAACAGCUUCUGGUUCACCGUGGGGACUCUGAUGCAGCAGGGAUCGGACAUAAACCCAAGGGCCGUGUCCACUAGGAUUGUAGGGGGGAUCUGGUGGUUCUUCACACUUAUCAUCAUAUCAUCCUACACCGCCAACCUGGCUGCUUUCCUCACUGUAGAGAGAAUGGUAUCUCCCAUCGAGAGUGCGGAGGACCUUGCCAAGCAAACGGAGAUCUCAUAUGGGACCUUAGGUAGCGGUUCUACAAUGCAAUUUUUCAGGGACUCAAAAAUUGAUACGUACAAAAGAAUGUGGGCUUUCAUGAAGAAGAAGGAGCCGACAGUGUUUAUGAAGUCAUACGAAGCGGGCGUGGCCAGGGUUCUUGACGGGGGAUACGCCUUCCUGUCCGAGUCCACCAUGAUUGACUACAUCACCCAGCGUAACUGUGAUUUGAUGCAGGUCGGGGGACUUCUUGACUCCAAGGGUUAUGGAAUAGGCACACCAAUAAAUUCCGCAUAUAGAGACAAACUAUCCAUGGCGAUACUGGAGUUGCAGGAGAAUGGCCGGAUCCAGAUGUUGUACAACAAAUGGUGGAAGAGCACUGGUACUUGCAUGCGGGAUGAGAACAAGGACUCUAAAGCCAAUGCUCUGGGGGUGGAGAACGUGGGUGGGAUCUUUGUGGUGCUGCUUGUUGGUCUAGCACUAGCGGUGCUGGUAGCCAUCUGUGAGUUCAUCUAUAAAUCCAAGAAGAAUGCCCGUGAUGAACAGCAUGCAAAGAAGACUUGUGAUUCCUGCCCUAAACGUUUGGAGCAAUCGCUGUGUUCAGAGAUGGGAGAAGAGCUGAGAUUUGCAAUUCGAUGUCUGGGCUCUGCUCAAAAACCGAAAUUCAAACGGAAAUGUUCAAGGUGCAAAGCCGAAAAACAUGGCGGACACUCACGGGGUUCUGAUCUCCCAGAAUCAGCCAAUGGAAUCAUUCAGCUGAAAGAGAUCAGGAAGUCACCUCUACCUAGCACGAGGGAGUUUGAAAGCGAGUUUAGACCUGAUUAUAAUAGAGACUUUAACGGCGACUAUUUACAUGUGGACUACAGUGAUGCAGAAACGUAAACACAAGCCGUUAUCAGAGAGUCUUGAUAUUCAUUUUGUCACCAAUGCGUGUUUAUGAGUAAGCUGUAGUAUGUGUCAGACAGGUACAUACACCUCCAAAUACACACGCAUGUGGUUGACUCCGUGCCUUACUGGUUUGGUGAUCAGAGGGGGAGGAGUGAAUGUGAAGAAGAUGCGGACAGUUGGUACAGAUGAUGUUGCACAGAGAUCCUAGACGAAUCAACCCUCAGGCCCUGUUGUGGGUAAACUCUGUACAACCAACAAUACAGGUCCUUCUGCAAGGCGGUCAGAUACAAUGACUACCAGUGUCAACCAUUGUCUGUCAUCGUGUUCACUGGUAGAACAUGUGCCAACUCGACGUUAACGUCAACUUCCGCCACUGCAAUGACGUCAACGGCCUUAGGACGAUAGAGGCAUGUGAAUCGUUUUUUUUGCUUUGAAAACGCAAGCAAGUCACUCAGAUAAUUUUCAGCAUCUAGUAACGCUACUAUUAGGCUUAGAGAUGCAAUCACAACCACUUUGCAAAAGAAAACAAUGAAGUAAUGUGUCUUUGUGUCUCUAUUUACUGGGCUGACUGACCAUUAAGUUUCUUUCAUUUGAACAUAUUUGCAAUAUUUUUUCGCAUAUAUUGGCCAUAAUCCUGCAUUGGUUGACAUGGCGUUGCCGCUACGGGAAUUGGGUUUUAGGGAUCAUACAAGAAGCUUUGGUGCACAUUAUUUCGAAUAUGUACUUAACAUGCAUACCAUUAGGAUGCCAUUGAGUGUGACAUGUAUGUCUGAUAUACGGUGGCAUUGAUAGGACACAUCCGAUAUGGUGUCUAUCUCUAGCGUAUAUGUCUGUGAUUAUAUGGGCGUGUCCAGGAAAAUGAUGUACAUAUACAAAUUGACCAUGUACAUAUAUACACAUUGUAUUAUACAUCCUGAGGGAUAUGUGUUAAUUUUUCAGUGUUCAUAAAAGCGUAACUUAUUCCUCAUGUAUGUAAAAUUUGUACAGAUGUAUAUUUCACAGCUGUUCUUGGGCCCUACAAUGUGAGUUAUUACUGCUCUAUGAGAUGCGCUGAGUAUUAUCAUUUCUCAGAAUAUUGCGAUUCUUGAUGGCAUCCAAAGUAUCGUUGAAUACUCACGCUGUUGUAAAUGUACCUAUUUUGAAUAAGUGGAUCACCAAAUAAACACCUCACUGUAUGUACAAAACCCUCACAAAUACUACAAACUCGAUGUUUUCACAGUGAUGUCAACUAGAUGAUAUAGUUUUGUACUUCAUCUUAUAAUGUUGUAAACUAUUCCAGUCAAACAUCCUUGUGUCGAACGUUGAUGUGUCAAACUUAUGGUUGUCUCGAAGAAAAACAUUGGUCUCUUUAUUUAUUUAUAAUUUUCGGUUGUGUCGAACCUGGGAUAACACGGUGUACUUACGUAGGUCCCUUCAACUUCGACACAUCGGUGUUUGACUGAUGUUAAAAUCAUGAACUGUUGUCUGAACGACAAAAACUUGGGAUGGAGAUGUAUGUUGAAAUAUCAAUAUACAACUCAUACUUUUAAUGUAUUAUUAAUUCAGUUGUAAAAGAUAUGUUAUUAUUAUACGAAUCAAGAAGAAGUGUGUACUGACUCAUAGUUACAACAAACUAUUUUGAAGUGUCAGGAUGAAAUCUAAUUUACCUUUAUUUACAGCACGGCGGUUUAUAUACUGUUGAAUUCAUUGGUAUCAAAGAUUUUCUAACAAGUUAACAUUCAAAGAAGGGAGUAUUUUUUCAUAUUCAAAAGAAUAUCAAUUUCCAUAUCAAGUAUUUUACAGUCGCUUUCUUCGGUAUAUAAUAAAAGGUUAUUACACAUGAUGCGGGCACUCAUUAUUAUGAUGCAGUGCAUCGUUUCAUGUUGAUAAACAUUUAUACAACUAUGUACAUAAAAUGAUUUUUUGAAUGCUGUACAAUGAAGUGUUGAUACUCUACUAGUAUUAUUGGGUUGUAUAAGUUGUUUAAUUUGGCACAAAGGUCUCCAUAAUUUAUUCACAAUGAACCGCGUUGAGGUUUAUGCUAGUGUGUUCUAUAUAAUGUUGUGUACAUCACAUAUUUAAAAGUUGGCAGUUUUUCAAAAUCGAUUUAUUGUGCUGACAUCACGUGAUUAGGAUUUUUGUUUUUAUGACAUCUGUUUAAUUUUCGUGUAUGUUAAAAAUGUCCUACUUUGAAAUAAACUGCUGUUAUCAACGCUGCCAUUAAAAAGUUGGAUGAUAGAAAGCCAUGCCCACUUUAGUAGUUAAUGAAAAUAGGAUGAUUUGAUAUUUUGGUUUUAAACAGGCUUUUUCUUGACUUAUUACUCCCACGUUGUCCACAGUUUUCGUGCGUUGUAAAAAAGACUUGAGCGUGAAUGAGAAGCGAACUUGAUACUUCCUUACUUUAAAAGUUAUCAACCUUUAUUAGAAUAACUUCAUCAUGAAAGGUCGUGUGUACCAAGAUGCCAUUCAGUUGCUAAAUAUUGAUGACAACAGACAAUAUUAACUGAUUAUCUGUCUCUGAUAGUGUCUGCAAUUCCCUUCCCACGUGGGCUAAAGUACGCACAGCUGGUCUGUCUUAAAGGUUAAUGUAUUCUGUGUGUAACGUUGUCGUUUCUUAGUUUGGUUGAGCUAUCAUGUACCUGUGAGAGUGCGUCAGACGGAAUUUGUAAUGCGUGCUUUAUGAGAUUUUAGAGAUUUUAAUGACUUCUUCAAUCUAAUAAAUUUUGGUAGAAAACUGUA